AUGUUCGCCAAGCUGCAGCGCUCGUCGCUCCUGGUCGUGCAGCAUCUGGAGUUCAUCAAUGCGUUAAUCAGCACUCUUAACACCAUGAUUUGCAUCGAUCCGUCGAUACAAAAAAUAGAAACGAAGAUUACGAGGCCGAGUACGUGUCGGUCGACUUCGAUUAGCAUCGAAGUCGCGGGUAGAGAAAGUAACAAACGCAACAAAUGGUCGGCUGCUGGCGAGUACUUUGAUCGUCUCAAGACUGGCGACCACAUUUUUGUCAUCAAGGAGAUUGCGGUGUGCGACAUCAUGCAAGUCGAAGGCCUCAUGGGCGUCAAGGACGUGCCUGACCAGAACAACCUGCUGCUAGACCACAAUGCGCCACCUGUCAUGCCUCAGUAG